UCAGUAAUGCUACACUUCGCAUUCGAGGUGACCUAUCUUCUUCCAGUUCAACAGCAAGUCACCAUGCCGUGCCGGGGCCAUGUCACGACGGCCAUCGAGCUCCUGCAGGACAGCAUCCCCAUGGUGUCCCUCGCCGUCGCGGCCGCCGCGCUGUACGCGCGGGCGUCGUCGUCGCUCCUCCGCCCUGGACUCCCGCGCCUCAUCGCCCUCCUCCCCCUGUUCCCGCUCCUCGUCGCCGCGCCCCUGGCCUUCCCCUCCUCCGCCAUCGUCCGGGGCCUCGCUGCCUUCUUCCUGGCCUGGCUCUGCACCUUCAAGCUCGCCCUCCUCGCCGUCGGCCGCGGCCCGCUCGACCCCGCCCUUCCCGUGCUGCCGUUCCUCUUCACCGCCUUGCUCCCCGUCAAGCUCGCCGCCAGAGCCUCCAAGGCCAAGCCGGUGUCCCUCGUUUCUUGCGCGGUGAAGGUGGCCGUCAUAGCCGCCGUGGUCCGGCUCUACCAGUUCAACGACCGCCUGCACCUGUACGCGCGCCUAGCCCUGUACGGCGUCCACACGUACUGCUUCCUGGACCUCCUCCUCCCCUGCAUCGCGGCUGCCGCCGCCGCGCUCGGCAUGGAGGCGGAACCGCAGUUCAACCGGCCGUACCUGGCGUCGUCGCUACGGGACUUCUGGGGCCGCAGGUGGAACCUCAUGGUUUCCGCCAUCCUCCGGCCGUCGGUCUACGACCCCGUCCGCGCGCUGGCCGGGAUCCCUGCCGCUGUCCUAGCUACCUUCGCCGUGUCCGCGCUGAUGCACGAGGCCAUGGUGUACUACCUCAGCCUUCAGUGGCGGUCCGACGGCAUGAUGGCUGCUUUCUUCCUGCUCCACGGCGUUUGCUGCGUCGUCGAGGGGUGGUGCGCGCGGCGGUGGCCGGCGCCGCCGCGGGCCGUGGCUACGGUGCUGGUUGGGCUCUUCGUCACGGCCACGUCCUUCUGGCUCUUCUUCCCUGCGCUUUGCAAGGACGGAGUUGAGGAGAAGCUGCUGCAGGAGUGGGCUGCGGUGGCCGCCUUCUUCCAGGACGCCGGCGGGAAGAUACCAUGGUCCAUGGUCUCUUCCUAGAAACAGCCGGGUGAAUUCCACGUCAAUAUCCUAAGCUAAUGAAGGUAUGUACUCAAGAUUACUCCUUUGCUGGCCGGCCUUCAGAACAGUAGAGUAGCACCCAAGAUGACCAUCAACCUUUCUCCACCCGCAGCCGCAGCUUCCAUCCAAGCAACAGCGAAGGCUUGCUGGUCCCUGGUGCUGUGGGCAAGCUAAUUAAUCUCGGCUCCGUGUGAAAUGCUAAGGUAACUGUAGAGCUCAAUGUAUUUUUGUAAUAAAAGGUUGAAGAAUCUAAUGUAUUUUUGUAGUUACACCACUAAUGUGUCAUAUCUGUAGUUUAAUAAAAGCCUUUUAUCAAAACAUUGUGUCAUGUCGGAAAAAUUGGACCACUGGCAUUAAAUUAGUGAACAUGUAAAUUUGUGAACUUUGACAAAGGAAGCUCAAUCAAGUUAAUUGACAUGACAAAUGAGAAAAGAGAGAAAUAAUGUAUUCGUAUAGAACAACACUAAGUCAAAAAUAGGUGUUCUCUCCGAUUCAUAUUACUUGAUGCAAAUAUAAAUAUAUCUAGACAUAUUUUAGUUGUAGAUACAUCCAUCCAUAUUUUAGUUGUAGAUACAUUCACUUUAACAUCUAGUACUAUGGAUCAGAGGGAGUAAAAUAAACCAAAAUCAGGCUCUUAUCGUUGAAUAGGUAUACAACCAUUAUCUCAACGUCUCAGGUGCGGUCCAUGUUUUUUACUAGCCACAUCUUGGACAACCAACUUGAUAACGACUCUAUAUCCAUAGCAUCUUUUCCAACAGUGACAUCUCCUUAUUUGAAAUUGUACCUUCCAAAAAAAAUACACGUAACAAGGACACAUUAAGUCGGUAAUUAGUGAGGAUGGGCCCACGUAGUUGAUAACAAGUAAUUGUGUUGUAGGAUCCACAUGAACACGGGUAUUAGCGUUUGAAAAUUUGACCACACGCUAUAUACGCGAUGGAUCCACGUACCCGGGGGUAAGAUAUGGGCGUGUGGCGGUGGUAUCCAAACUGUAGAUAAUCAGGCGAAAGGGAGAAAGGGAGAGCUGGAAGAAAAUAAAACUAGCAGGCAUAGCGUGAAGACUAAGAAAGCAAGAGAAAAUAAGUAAACAAAAUCAAGGAAUACCAGCCUGAAUAUUGGAUGUGUACAGAAUCAUCAAAGGACAGCUUGGAAGGAGAGUCAUACCACAGUCACCACACUUUUUUUUUUGGCUCAAGGAGAGUUAUACACCUAUUAUAAAUAAAUAAAUUUUAAAUUUAUUUCAAAAUUUUAAGAAGAAUUGAUAAAUCCCCGGGCAUACAUCGGAUAUUCUAUUUUCACGCACAAGGUUAAAAUAUUCCAUCUAAUCAACGGAAAUUGCCAUUUUCUAAACAAACCAGAAAAACGGCAGGGCAAGGCAAGAUACAUAAUCUGUGAGAAAUAAUUAGGGCUACUAGAUAACUCCAGCAGUCAAGCCCACGGGCAAGGCAGGCGCGAGGAAGCAUAUUCCGGACACGGAAGAACCACCUCAAAGAAAAAGUCCUCCAUCCGACGUGUUGCUUACCCUGUAAGGCAGAAGACUAAUGGGCGCCUUUUUUUUUUUUGCAUGGACUAAUGGGCGCCUUUGUUGGGAUGAUAACAGCGUCCGACGUGGUAGAGUACCUCCCAAGUUUCGUAGAUAUACGGUGUACAUCUAGAAGGGAAUAUGGAUAAGUACAAAUCUCACAGAAGGACACGCGUCCCUUUCCCUCGAAGCCUAUAUAUGUAAGCAGCGCCGUGCAUUCGCCCCUGCAACUAACUCCUCCUCCCCCCAAAGGUAUGAUCGUGGCUUCCGCUAUGGGCCAAGUGACGCAGCCGCCGCCUGCGAAAUACGAUCUGGUUCUCGAUCCAGAGGGUGGCUUGAUUUUCAUAGAGGAUGGAGCGAAACCAACCGUAGCUGGAUAUGAAUGACACAGAGUAAGAGCAAAUCGAGGCCUGUCCGGAACCGCGAGGAUGCGCUCAUGCCUCAACAUAUAUAUGCUCCGCAACUGCUGGUCGAGUCUUCCUCAACAUAAUAUAAAGCCGAUCGAGCCAUGGUCUGCUCAAGUGUUCGUCCUUUGGCGUCAUUUCUCAAAGUCGCAGAAAUAGCAACCUUGAUACUGGGUCUCGGAUGGUCUGAAGAAACAAGUACAGUAUGUUUCUUCACUAGUACUGGUGAAGAUAUGUUCAGUGGUGAAACAAGAUAAAAUUCAGAAGCGGCUCUCGGUAACAUAUGUUUGGUGUAAAUAGUUUAUGGUAUAUAUGAGGGCCUAGUAGUGUGUAUAUGGUAUGCGUGUGAUGUACGUAUUACCCUAGGGCCUAGUACUGUAUUGCUUACGUAAGAAACCCGUGCUUGUUUUGCUUUGUUUA